AUGAAAGCUCCUCAAUCAAACAUUCAAAGCAUGCUUUAAACUUUGCAAAUAGAGACAUCAUCCUAAGGAUUUAUGGAUAAAAGGAAACAAAUCCAAACUCGGGGAUCAAUUUCAUAGAAAUAUAAGUAAUCUGGAUCAAAUUCUGCUUUGGGAUUUCAUGACAAUAGAUAAGCAGACACACCGUAGCUAAUCAGAGACGAGAAAUAAGUCGAAGAUAUCCGAUGCAUUUUUAAGUCCAAAGAGUUUAAAGAGUGGGGUCAAGCAAUAACAAACAAUGUGAACUAUAAUUUCAUCAAGCGCAAUGGAUAAUUUUACAUCAUUGAAGACUGGCUAAAGCAGAUAGAGCUUGAAUUUAAAUACUUACUCUCAAGCUAAUCUUAGGUAGACUUAGUUCGAUCGAGCAUGAACACUUAGUAGCACACAAAAAGAGGUUAUUUAGUUGCAGGAGAUUAUUUAAAACAUGUAAAAGAAGGACAAGGUGUAGGAAAAAGAGAAAGUCUAAACUAGUAAAUUUAAAGAGGGGUUAUUAAUGCUGAUAAUAGGGAAGGAAAGCCUUCAAGCUAGAGUAGAAAUAGUAAGAAAAAAUCAUAAAAUAGACAAGAAUUCUCUAAUGAAAGAGUUCAAAUAGAUCAUGAGACUUCUCCAGUCAUUUAUGAUAGAUAAUCUAAGACAAGUAUGGCUUAGAGGAAGAAAACUAUGACAUCUAGAAAUAUAAAGCUGCACAACAUGAAAUCUGAUCCAAAUGUGAUUGAGAGUUAGGGAGGUAUAUUUACUUAAACCUAAAAUCUGCUCUUUAAAAAUCAUAAUUAGAUGAAAUCUUUAGAAAAACUUUUAUCGUCAUCAAGAAGUAAGCAAGAAUUGAGUAAAUUCACUGCUAGUGAGAACGAUUUCCUGUAACUUAAGAUGAAUAUCAUUCAGCGAAAAUAAGCACUUGAGGAAAAAGAAAUUCCUCAUGAGAUACCAUCAGCUAUGUUGUUAUAGCAUAAACAUCUAGAUAAAAAUAAUACAGAGAGACCAUCAUUCACUACUUUUUAGGAUAAUUUAAUGUAAAAUACAAAAGAUGAGAUGAGAAAAGUUCAGGGUUAGCUGUCGAGAUUAAUGGUUAAAAAGGAAUAAUUUGUUAAUUUUCAUCAUUUAAACUGCAAUAAGUUGCAAAUUAGAGCAAAUGAACCCAUUUACUGCAAAAUAUUUGUGCACCAAAAAGCAGCACCCCUGAAUAUUAUGAUAUUUAAGCAAAGACCGAACGAUAAUUUCUAAGCAGUAUGGUCUAAGUAUGAAAGUAUGCCUACUUUUGACAAUUGCAACGGUGAUCUUUCUAAUGCUAGCAAAUUUCAGAUUCAGGAAAGACAUGAGGUUUAUUUCAACAACAAUUACAUCUAUUUUACAUUCUCCUCAAACUAAUCGAUAUCACUAUAAGUCUAUCUUUUCUUUAACAGAGAAAAACCUCAUAUUUAAAAAACAGCAAGUUUUGUGAACACAAUGGGAGGAUUUGAUGAAAAUAAUAGAGAUGUAAAUGAAUCUGAGUUAGAGGCAUAUAGAGCCAAGAAGUAUAAAUACUACAAUAGAAUAAAGGAUAUAUUGAAUGAUAGCUAUGAAUGUAAGCAGUUGUAGCAAGAAGCAGAUGAAAUAAAAAAGAAAAAAAUUGAAUAGAUUAAGGAGACGAAGAAAUAAAGGACAAGCAAAAUAUCUUAGAUACUGAAUAAAUUUAUCUAGUCAAAACCACCAAAUAUGACAAUGAAUAACUUUAAGUUUGAACUUGCACAGCAAAAGAAAGUGUAGAAUGAGGAAGAUUUGUUCAAGAAAAAUAUAUUUCUGUUAAAUAAACAAGAAAUUUUAAAAGAAUAUAAAGAAAAGGCGAGUAAGGAUGCAACUCAGAUUAAGAAGGCUAGGAAUUAAUGCAAAUAAUGGUUGACAUUAAUGCUAUUAAAAUAAAUCAUGAUAGUAGGAAACAAUGAAUAUCAGAUUUAAAAAGCAGCUAGAGAAUAGUAUUACUUAUUAAAAUCUUCGGCUUGCUUGAUUGCUUGUCGUUAUAAAAGAUACCUAAAGAGGCAUAAAAAUCAUCAUCUCAAGAGUCGAAUCCAAAUUACAGUAAAAAAGUAACUUUAAAUAUCAAUAUUUACCUUAAUUUUUAGUGUAUUUACCCAGCAAGUUGUAAUUAUAAACUCAAAUAUUGAAUAAAGAUCAAAUAGAUUUAUCUAUAGAUUCCUUUACAAUAACAUGAACAGAUAAAAUGUUCUAGGUGUAUUUAGAAAAUUUAUGAAGCAGAUUCUAGUCAUUUAAAAAUAGAUUAGAACAGUCCUAAAGAGAGAUGCCGAGAAAAUGAAAUUAAUCUCUGAAAGGUGGGAUGUUUGUUUGAAUGAAAUAAAAAAUGAAUAUCUAAAUGAUCCUUGUGAUAAAGAUUCAUAUUCUUAAAAUCUGUUCAAGUUUAUGAAACUAUUAGGAGAGGAAAGCAAAAAGCGUGAAGUCACAAAAUUCUAUAAAUAUGCUAAAUCAUAUUAUGAUUAGAUAUACUUCAAUUGGAGAGAUGUGAUCAAAUCUUACAAUGAGCUAGAUUUUAUAAUGAGAACUGGAAAUUAAAUAAUGGGUGAAAUUGUCAACACACCUAAAUAGAUGAAGCAAGUCCAAUCGAGGACAAUGAUGGAUAUCUGGUCUAAUACUCAGAGAUUUUUAACUAAGACUCCCAUCAAAGUUAAAAAAUUAAAUGUAGUUGCAAAUGAUGAAGAGAUACCACCUCCAGAUCUGAAUGGGAAUUUCCUCAAGCCAAAUUAAAAGAAAGUUAAAAAUAACAAUGGAAUGACCAAAAAGAAAACACAAUAAGUUCAAUAUUUCUCAAAAUAUGGAUAUAGAGAGUUGGAUGUUCAAAAAGAAUUAGAAAAACUCUAUAGAGAAGACCCCAUUUCUGAAGAGGAACUAUUAACAAGACCUCCAUAUUUCAAGUUUAUUCCAUCUGAUAGCUAUAUGAAAUGCUUAAUUCUCGCUUAUGUUGAGUCAACAUUAUUUUGA